GGUUUGGGAUUGGACAGUCACAACAGAUCCCCCAAGUUGGAGCCCAAACCAAAGAAGAGAGAGAGAGAGAGAGAGAAUAACCAAAAGAUCUGAUCAACAAUGCGUGCAAAUGAGAAGAUUGCUUUGGUGGGCGAGAAGUGUGUGCUAGUCCCGUAUCUCAAAUCACACGUCGAGCACUAUAACAAAUGGAUGCAAUCACCAGAAUUGCUGGAAUUGACUGCUUCUGAACCUCUGACACUGGAGGAAGAAUAUGCAAUGCAAGAAUCCUGGCGAGUUGAUGAGAACAAGUGUACCUUCAUCAUCCUUGCCAAAGAAAGUCCAGAUCAAGAAAUAACUUCAGAAAAUGCACUUCAGCAAAAAAUGGUAGGGGAUGUCAACUUGUUUUUCAACGAUCAUGACGAUCCCCACUCGGCAGAGAUUGAAAUCAUGAUUGCAGAACCUUCAUAUAGACGCCAAAAGAUGGGUAUUGAAGCCAUUCGCAUGAUGAUCACCUAUGCAUACCAAUCAUUAGGAACAAAGAGGAUUACGGCCAAGAUCUCGACCGAGAACAAGGGCUCGAUCCAGUUGUUUCUCACUCAACUUGGGUUUGUGCAGAUUGGUUAUUCAGAAAUCUUUGGUGAGGUCACUCUAGAGAGAACUCUAAUACAAGAAGUGGCAAAAGGUGACGAACCCGAGCCUCCUUCCGGCCAAGCUGUUGACAAGGAUAUCAUCAAGGCCUUGACCCAGACCCAAUUCAAGACCCUGGAACUCAAUCAAGAGGACCUAGACCACUGAGAAAUAGU